GGGGGGGGAAAAAAAAGAACUUUCAUCUUAAAUCUUUGUCUUUAAACCAAAAUUCUUAUUUUAACCUCCUUCUGUAAUACUAACUGCUAAUAUUAUCAUUUGUAUGUAACUAGGAAGAUUGUGUAGGGUACCUAUAGAGCGAUGAACAUGUAUAUUUUUCUGGGUCUUGUGGUUCUUUCAGCCUUAAAAUCUUGAUACCUAAAAGCCUGAUGAAGAUGGGUUUAAGAACCUAAUAACUAUAGAUAGAUCCGGGGAGAGAGGGAAAGAGAGAGACAGAGUGAAGCAUAUUCACUUGGGAAGAAAUUAUAAGAUUGUUAGAAAAACGUUUUUGUAUGCAAACCUUUUCCUUGGAUAAGUUUUCCCUUCUUUUAGGUACUUUCAGAGCCUCAAACAAAUCAAUGUUAUUCUCAGUUGGGUUGCAUCUUGCUAAGUAGCGUAGGUGUUCCAGAAUAGAAAUGAGAUGCUAACGUAACUGUAUGCAAGACUGGGUUCUUCAUACUUGAUGUAAUAUACUCUUGCCUUUAGAAUGGAUUCUGAAGUUCUAGUGAAGCAUCUUCUUGAUACCAUUUGUUAUUGCAGACUACACUGUGGGUUCUACAUGGGAACAUUUAUCUACAAUACAAGAUUAAAUACAAAAUUACCUAAAACUUCCCUUGUUUGCAUAUACACAGACGGACUUUCUGGCCCAGUUCAUCUUUCAUCUUAAACUGUUUUUCUUUACAGUAGAAUAUCUUAAACAAGAAUAAGUGAGAAUUUCCCUUCCGUCAUGUCUUGGACUGCUCUCCAGGUUGCUAGAAUUUGUCAUUUGAUUUUUCCCAUGGGGCAAAAUCCUUUUUGUAAUUUGUAGAGAUACUGCGAUAGCUUCUCCACUUCUCAUGAUGUCCAGAAAAAGGUGUUUGUACCUAUAUUUUAUUUGACAUGAUUUUGUGAGGUGAUGACAGGCAGUUUCAUAUUUCCCUUUCAGAACAUGUCUGAGGAGCAAGGCAUAGCCAUGAGGCAGGCUUGGGUACAGUUUUUCCCAGAUAAAGUACUGCUUUUGUAUGGAAAAAAUAAGGUGAAGGGUUGCUAAAGAGGUUUUAAUUUAAAACAACAGAAACAAAAAAGUAACUCUGGUGUUUAAGUACUUCCUUGAUUAAGCAGCUGUGUGUGUGUGUAUAGGGGAGAGGGUUUUUGAUGAACAACAUCUUAAAUAUAAGGUCUUAGUUUUUGUGGGCUUGUAAGGAACCUGACUCUUCUGUGUCCCACAUACGUGCAAUUCCUGUUGAGUUUUGGAGGAUUCAUGUAUGGUUAGGUACUGAAAGAAAAUCUUAAAUUGGAUGAAAAUCAGAUGCUUUAAAUCUAUUUUAGAUUAGGCUGGUUGUACUUUUGACCUUUGCAGUUUGUCAAAAUGUACUUUGCUUUGAAUUGUAUUUUUGGAAAGCAGGCCGUCAGCCUCAGAUCUGUUGUCACCAGCAGAACGUGGUAGGAACUGUGAGAAUACUGUCUCGCUGGAAACACCAGUUUGCAAAAUCAGCGCUUGUUUCAUAUAAAGUUUAAACUCUAGAGAUGAAUAUUGUCAGCCUAUUUGUCUGUCUGAGUUUACUUUCUAUGAAGACUUUAAAAUUCAAUAGCAUGUCAGAAAGUUGAAUCAUUAUUAAGUAGAGGACAAUAGUAGAAGGUAUCCUGAAAGGUUGGGUUUCAUCAUUCUGACAAACUCAAAGUUCUGUGCUUGCUUAUUUCUGUAUUGUCAGCAAAUUCCUGAAAGGCACCACAGGCAUUAACUAAUUGAUCUCCUUUAGUGGGUAACAACUUGCUGCUGCAAUCAAGUACUUAAGUCACGCUCAUUUUGUUUUGUUGACAUUAUAUACUUUCAUGGAGAUAUGAGGAAGCUUUCAGUUUUAAGUAGGUAGUUGUUCAAGAUCCUUUACAAGUCAAACUCUCCCUGCCCCAAAUCACUCCACAUCAUGAAAGUUCAGAGUUCAGGUUUCGGAAUUAAAUCACCUUAAUUUGUCCUGUUGGUGCACAUACAUUAUUAUUCAGCUUAUGAAUCCAUCUAAAACAGUGGUAAUGGAGCUGUCUGUGUUCUGGCUCGUUAAGUGUUGAAUGGAGCAUUGAAUGCCUAUGCAUUAACAUUUAAGAGUCUGAUACAGAGACAGCAAAAAUCCUUAAUUAAGCCAAUAAUUCUGUUUGUGAGCCCUGGAAUUUGGAGUUUAAUUAGUAUGCUGUAAGUAAAUUAUAGGAUCAUACACUUCAAAGCUUGAUGAAGAGUAGAACUAAUGUAAACAUUUUUGUUUUCUGUAUGAGGCAAGACAGAAAGGAGUUGCACAGGCAACUUCUGGCUUUUCUCAACUUCUGAGUUCUUGAACUUUGAGCCCUGAUGAAAUUUUUUAAUAUAUUUCCUAUGUAAAUAGCUCAGAUAAAGGAUAUGAAACCAUGUUUCACAUUAUACUGUUGUUUAAGAGCAAAAACAAAGGAUUAGAAGUUGUUUCAAAAGUUGUCUUUGAUAGUUUUUGUGAUUUUACAAGUUAGGGGAAAGUAGAAUUGCUAGUGGAACUAGCAGAUUUCAGAAAUAAAACCUCAAAUUUUGAACCAAUAACAUUAUAUAGAAAAUCUUCUCAAUUUUUAAUGUUCUUGCUUGUGAUUUCUCCUUGUAGCAAUAUAAAGAGCGUAGCAUAAAUUUUUCUUGUUUUGACUGUUACUCAGAAAUAAAUACUACAUCACAAUAACAAAUCACUUUUGCUUCUAAUGAACAUGUGUGAUAUCUUGUUGUUUUGAGGUAAGCUUUUUUUUUGUUACAGUGAAACAGUUUUGUGAAACACAUGGCUCCAUGAGGACUGGAACUGUUUAAUCCCAGCUUCCUCCCUUGUUCUGGACAAUCUUUUGAACUCUAGAGGAAGUUUUCCCCGUGUUUAGCAAUGUCCAUGCUUUGGAUUUUAUUUUUCUAAGAAUAUAUGAAUUUUUGCAAUGGCUGCUGUCUCAGCUGAGAUGCCCGUUACGUGCUGAAUUGAUUAAAACUUUGGUAGUCCUGAAGGGAAAGUGAUGCUUACAAACAGAAAGAGCCUUGCUUGCUCAAGCUUUGUUUUACAGAAAGUAAGACAAAACUCAAUUGUAUUGGCUGAAUAUAACUCUGACCUCUGAAGAACUGAGUGGGGAACUCAGUUUCUUGAGUAGUACCUAUACUUUGUGAAAUUUACUAUAUAACAAUGUUUUAUCUACUUAUUUUUCCAAGGAUUGGGAAAUCCAGGCUUGUCUAGAAGGAAUUUUUAUUUAAAUUCAGCUGAUGCAUUUUCAUCUCAGGUACUUCAUGUUUCACUUAAUGUAAUUCAGGCUGAGACUGAAUGGUAACAUUUUAUUAUGCAUAUUGUGUUUCUAUUAAUGAUGUGCAUUUGUAGUAAAACAAUUGGUUACUAUUUUGGAAAAAAAUGUUUAAUCAAUGAGUAAAAAAAUAUGAAUUUCAUACACAGAAAUGAGAUUCUUUCACUUCACACAGCUGAGGAAUUUAUAGAAAAGAGCUGUUUCCACAUAUAGAAACUAAAUUGUGUUGUUUCAGAAUUUUCCACUAUGAGAAGUGAAACAACAGAUUUAAUGUGCUUAAAAAUUAAAGGGACAGAUGUAAGAAUCUAUGCAAGUCUGUAAUUUAUUAAGUCUUAAAGUUGUGUGGAAUUACUUUUAUGAGGCAAGUAUUACACUGUAUUGAUAUUAAACUUUUUUAUGUGGGCUGAAGGAGAAGGGUAGAAUCUUUGUGGUGCCUUGUAGCAAAUAAAUUGUAUUUACCCCUCUGAAUAUUGAGUAAAGAAAGUCCAAAAGCAGAGGUCAGUCCCUUCCUCUCUUAUUAAUUGCUUCUUCCUCCUCUACAUACUUUGAGACUUAAGUGAAGUGUAUGAAUGUUGUACAGCAUUAAACAUUACAUAUGAAAGAUCUUUUCACUCUUUAAUCAAGGCCCUGUGCUCUCUUUCUAUUCAGAUCAUAAAUGGGUCAACUUCAUCUUUCUAUUUACGUAGAGGGUAACUGCAUUAUAAAGGAUUGCUACAUCUUAAAUUGAGAGGAUAGAGCAUUAUCUUUUAAUAAAAGAAAGUUAGUGUUACUGAAAAUGGCACAGUAGGGGUGGUGAGGGUGAUAGCUAUGAAGAUCUCAGAGAAAGCUGCCUACUUGGUCAUGUGAAUUUGAAGUGUGUUUCAGCCCCAGUCAGAAGCUAAUCUCUCUGAGGUUAAUUUGAAGCCAGAGGCACAGCCUUAAUGAGUUGCAAAAGCCAAGAUAGUGUAGUACAAACAAAAGUAGUGUAAGACUGCUGUUUUGCUGUGUGCGCGUGCGCAUCUUCUAGAUGAGCUGAAAAUAGUGGGAAUCUUAAGUUGCACAAUUAACAAACAUACAGUUAGCAGAGCGGCAUGGCUAGGAUGGUAUUUUACAGGCUUUAUAGUUAGAAAGAUUAUCAUAGUGGAAAGAGACAAAUCAAAAAUAAAUGAAACGCUCACUUGCAUCCUAGGUUCACAGUAGAAAGCUCUAAAGGGAAAGAACUCCAGAAAAAGACUCUUCCCUAGUGGCAGUCAGCCCUUAAAUGGGGUCUAGGGGAGGUGCAGCCAGACUCCACCCCUUCUGGUCGCACAGCUGAACUACCUUCACCUGUGCUCCCAUGGCUGACUCAGUGCUUGCUUCAGGUGAUCAAUCAGUGAUUCAGGCCAUGAGUCAGCAGUUCCCAUACAUAAGUCAAAGAUCCUCCAAUUGUUUAUAAGGUGGAAAUGAGAUGGCUCUUGAAGUUAAAUGAGUCUGGAUAAAACACAAAUGAAGCAGAAGCUGCUCUGCAUGUGUUAGGGCUAUAUCACCACAAGCACUGCUGAUCAGCCAGACUUGGUAACUUGUCAUAAUGAAGAAAAUUAGUCUCAAAACAAUUCGCAAGUCCUUUAACUUAAAUAAAAGUAAAGAUGAAAGUGACUUUGUAGUGGUUCAGCAGCCAUCGUUAAGUGAAUUUGGAAAAGAUGACUCCCUGUUUGGCAGCUGCUAUGGUAAAGAUUUGGCUAGCUGUGAAGUCAAUAGUGAAGAUGAAAAAGGAGGCAAAAAUAGAUCAAAAAGUGAAAGUUUAAUGGGUACGUUAAAAAGGAGGCUUUCAGCAAAACAAAAGCAAAAAGGCAAAGGCAGCACACCAUCUGGAAGUUCUGCAGAUGAUGAUACCUUUUCUUCGUCAUCUGCUCCAAUAACUUUCAAAGAUGUGCGAGCUCAAAGACCUCUGAGAUCCACUUCCCUCCGUAAUCAUCAUUACAGUCCAACUCCAUGGCCCCUUCGACCUACAAAUUCAGAAGAGACUUGCAUAAAAAUGGAAGUGAAAGUCAAGGCCUUGGUCCAUUCCUCUAAUCCAAGCCCAGCACUGAAUGGCGUUCGAAAGGACUUCCAUGACUUGCAGUCAGAUAACGUGUUCCAGGAACAAAACAAUGCAUUAAAAAAUACAGAAUCUCAGAAUGGGGACUUGCAUCUUCAUAUUGAUGAACAUGUGCCUGUAGUUAUUGGAUUAAUGCCUCAGGACUACAUUCAGUAUACUGUGCCUUUAGAUGAGGGAAUGUAUCCUUUGGAAGGAUCACGUAGUUACUGUCUGGAUAGUUCCUCACCCAUGGAAGUUUCAACUGUUUCUUCUCAAGUGGGGGAAAAUGCUUUCCAUGAAGAAGAGAGUCAAGUGGAUCAGGAUGUAGUAGUUGCACCAGAUAUCUUUGUGGACCAGGCAGUGAAUGGUUUGUUGAUUGGUACCACAGGAGUUGUGUUGCAAAAUCCAAGAGUUAAUCACAGUGAUGUCCCUCCACUUUCACCUUUGCUACCUCCAAUGCAGAAUAAUCAAAUCCAAAGGAACUUUAAUGGAUUGAAUGGCACAGAUGCCCAUGUGGCUGAAAGUAUGCGCUGCCAUUUGAAUUUUGAUCCUAACACUGCCCCUGGAGUUGGAAGAGUUUAUGAUUCUGUACAGAACAGUGGUCCUAUGGUUGUGACAAGCCUCACAGAAGAACUGAAAAAACUUGCGAAACAAGGAUGGUACUGGGGCCCCAUUACACGCUGGGAGGCAGAGGGAAAACUAGCUAAUGUGCCUGAUGGCUCGUUUCUUGUUCGAGAUAGUUCUGAUGAUCGUUAUCUUUUAAGUUUGAGUUUUCGUUCCCAUGGAAAAACACUUCACACUAGAAUUGAACAUUCAAAUGGUAGGUUUAGCUUUUAUGAACAACCAGAUGUGGAGGGGCAUACGUCUAUAGUUGAUCUAAUUGAACAUUCGAUCAGGGACUCUGAAAAUGGAGCUUUCUGCUAUUCAAGAUCCCGACUGCCUGGAUCUGCAACUUAUCCAGUGAGACUAACAAAUCCAGUGUCUCGGUUUAUGCAGGUGCGUUCUUUACAAUACCUGUGUCGUUUUGUAAUACGUCAGUACACCAGAAUAGACCUGAUUCAGAAACUGCCUUUGCCAAACAAAAUGAAGGAUUAUUUACAGGAAAAGCACUACUGAAAGCUUAUGGGAAUCUUGCAUCUUGCACUUUGGGAACAACAACAACAAAAAGAGAUUGAAUUACAGUUUACAGACGUUCAUUAUUAUCAAAAUCUUUUGCUGCCAUAACAAUAUUUCAUUUUUGUGUGUAAAAGAAACGUAAUGCAUUUGGAUUUAUGUUUGUUUUGGGGGGUUUUGUGUAUUUUUGGGGGGCUUUUUUUUUGUAAAGAAUGAUCUCAAGUUUAUUUUUAGAAGUGUGAAAUAGCUAUCUUUCAUCAAUGUGCAGAUUAAUCACAAUGUGAAUGAUCAAAUUAUCCUUAAUUUCCCCCAAGUCCUUUGCUGCUAUCCACUGUGAUUUUUAUGCAUUGAAAGCACAUUUCAUGUGUAUUCAACCAUAAGUAAAAGUCAAUGAAACUUGUUCAAUGGAUUUUUUAUUCCUUUAAAAUAGCCUGUUGGAAAAAGAUGAUCAUGGUUAAAAAUAUUGGUAUUCUAAAUUAAAGAAUUUACAACUAUGUUAAAAAUGAUUUCCUAGUUUCCUAAUUAUAAAUUUCUAUACAGAUAUGUCAUAAUGUGGAACUUAAUAGAGCUGUGUGAUGAAGACAUGCUUAUGCAGCAGAUAUCCUAAAAACAAACAAAAAAAACCAAACCCAAUAAAGAACAAAACACCUUUCUCUUAAACCUUGUAUUGUCUGUAUACUACUUUAUGUUUGAGAAAGUUGGUUCAGCUUUCUUACUGCCUCAGUAUUAUGUUCUAAAAAUGGCCUUUAAAAAAAAAAAAAAGAAAUCUUUGAGAGACAAUUCAUCAUACCUAUGAGGAAGCUGCAGUAUUGGGAUGACAUCAAGUAUCUUUAAAUGCCAUCAGUUAAAUAAGCGAACUCCUACCAGGACCCUUCUUUCUGUUGUUUACCCUCUUACCUCCCUUUGGGCAAAAAUAUGCCCUGAAAUUAUAGGAAGACAAUAGGAAAUGCUUUUACUGAAGUACGAACUGAUAAGCCAUUUCAGGGAUGGGGUAUAACUUCUAAUAGGAGGAUUUCUACAAUAUUUAUUCAAAGUACUAGAAGUUUCAGCAUUUCCCAUUUUUUUGUAUUUUUUCACUUCUGAAAUGCAGUAAUACACUAAUGUUAUUUGGAUCUUUUAUUCCAUUUUUUUUAUUAUUCUUUGAGGAGGAAAAAAUAGGACUAAUAAUCUUUUGGAUGGAAGUUGCUUGAAAUGAAUCUCUAAAGCUCUAUUCUCAUAGGCCCUGAUAUUCUGGGGAGGAGAGGUUUGAAUAUAUAUUGACCACAGAGAAUGUUUCAGUUAACUGUCAUGAAAUAUGUUUUGACAUAUGAAAUAUUGAAUCAAUUAAGUAAAUGUUUAUGAUAUCUGUCGAAGAUUUUGGCAUUUCAAAAGCUUACAGUUAUUCUGACAUUCGAUAGGGAAAAAGACUUUCAGUUGGGAAUACAGAUUCCACACUGUAAUCAUUCAUUCAUGCAAUCUUAAUCCAUGGCAUUUUUUUGUUUCCUUUAUUUUAUUUUAUUUUUUCUCCUCCUUGUUCUUGCCCAUGAUUUUGUCCCUUUUACAUUAAAGGGAUAAAGGGAUCGUGGCUAACUGACUUGGGACUGACUCUGCCCCUAGAUCUUAGUAUUUUAGAAUGUCAUCUUCCCCAUCUCUGGUAGGAGUUGCUGGUUAGUAAACAUCAGCAUAGAAAGGGCUUUUUAUCUUUGAUACAGCUUUCUUUUUUAGGUCAUUUUCUUCUUUUUCUUUUAUCUAGCUUUUUGUCCCCUGGAGUGAGUCUUUAGUAAUGAAUACACUAUUGCUGCAAGGUGGUGUAAUAGCACUACAUCUUGGGUUGCCUGAAUUGAUAGACAAAAUUUAUAUUUUUUUAAUUUAUUUUUUGACCAUAAUGUUUAACAAAAAAGUAAAAAAAAAAAAAAAAAGGAAAACAAAGGUAGAUUAAAGGCUACCUUUGCUUUUAAGGGAGCGAGAGUAAGGAUUUCUUCUUUAGUCUGAUAAAAGUUUUAAAUUAAAAAAAAAAAAAAAAAAGAGCUGUCUAUAUACAUAAUUUGUUUCUGCCAUUGAAAUACAUGUAUGCAAGUGUGAAUUCUGUUUUCUUUUUUUCCUCUACUGUCAUCUCCCCAACCCUAACCCCCCUGAAUCAGAAUCACUAACUUUAUUCAAAAAAGGCACAAUAACCUAUUGUAUGGUACAGUGUUCUGAUUCUGUCUGUGAGGAGGAAAAAGAAAAUCAUUUUUAUAGAUUUCAGAUGCAUACAUCUUGGAAGAAAACCUCUGGCAUUUACUUCACUUUAAAAAUUCUUUCCCUGUGCAAGCUAGAGGCCCUAUGCAUUCUACAGAAUCUUUGAAAAAUUAUUGUAUAAUAAAUAUUUUCUUUGCCAUUUAAUACCACUAUUGAAUGCAUUAAAGUUAUACUAUGCCACAUGCGUUAAUUUAGCAGUUACUACAUUGAAAUCAAAAUAUUUGAAGGUAUAAUAUCCCAGUCUUAUUGCUGAAUUGAAAAAUAUGUAAGAACACGUGCCCAUGCCUUUUCAGAUGUGUUUGUUCACUCAUAUGUGUUGAUGAUUUCUGAAACUGUAGUUCAGCUGUCCAGUUCUUGAAUUGCCUCCCUUGCUAUAUACUUUGUUUAAUCAGGUCAACUUACUGUUGUCAUUUUUCCCCUCCUAUAAAGCUUCCACAAAAAGAACACCUUAAAUUACUGGAGGCCUACAGUGUGGGGACCACAUAGCACCUUGUUUCUUGAUAAAAAUGGUGGUAAUAUUUCUACUGAGGUUGAAAUACCUUAAAUCUAUAGUAAGUAGACAAAAACAACAACAACAACAACAACAAAACAAAAACAAAUGUCCAAUACUGAUUUUUACACGUUUCAUUAUUCAGAAUUUAUCAGUAAGUUUUAUGCUAAGGUAAUUGGCCAGCCAGGAGAAAGAACCCAGAAAAAAUACUUUGGAAACCUUAAGGGUACUUACAACUUCGUAUAAUAAAUAUUAAUAUAGAAUAAACACAGUAACACUUAAUUAUGAGACAAUUUAAAAUACUCAGAGUAACCACAAAAAUUGUUUUGAUGUCUACUUCGUAAAAUUUAGAGAAACAAUGUGUCCUUGACAAACAAAAAGGAAAAUAAUUGAAGAUAUUUUGAGGACCUUUAAAAUAGCUACACUAAGAAAAAGUUAACUGAUUAUGAGUUUCAUAGAGUAGAAAUAACUAUUUCUUCAGCACAACAGUUUAAGUGUUCAAAAGACAGGCCUUUUAUGCAACUGAAUUGUGGAACAAUGUUUUUCGAAAUUAAACUUUGAAAUAAAACUCCUUUUUUUGAGUGUAUGAAGUGGUUGAAAUUAUUGGAAACAUUUGUGUUUUACUGAUUAGAAGAGUAAAACAUUAUCUUUUAUUUGAACAUAUAAAAGUUUGCACACUUUUUUAAAAUUUACAGGUCAGUGUUAUAAACAACUGAAAGUGAUUUGUAUUCUUUUAUCAAUUUGAAGGAUAUAGCACUUAUCCUGCUCUUGACAUUGCAAAUACCAUCUUUUGAUAAAAAUGUUUUUCUGUCAGAAGGAUCUGAAAUGCAAUUCGUAAAUAAAUUCUUUGUUUAGCAAUGAACUGACUUUACAUUUAAUUACAGCCAAUUUCUUUCUAUGAAUAUUGGGUGCUGGGCUAAGUGAAAUCUGUGCAGUUUUUGUUUUGUUUUGUUUUGUUUUUGUGAUGCAUUUCAUCUAUGUGAAUACCAGAAUUAUAAAUUUAAAACAGCAUACCAGCAAUAUAUGGGCUAUAAUUCUGUUGAGGAAGUAUUUCUCUGUUACUGUAUUUUCAAUUUCCGAGCUAAGCUAUGGAUGAAUUUCAUUUCUUUCAAUCUUUUUAUGACUGCAAAGAAUAAAAAUUAGUAACAUCCUUUAUAAAUAAAAAAUGGACAAGAUGGUAGUUCAUGAUAUGGCAUUGAUGUGUCUGGAAACUCCUAAAUUCUACAAAGAUAAUGAAAAAUUCUUAAAAGAUUUUCUAUGACUUUAUGUUGGGUUAAAGAAUUUUUAUAGUGAUGAUGGAGUGCCAUGAAGUUAAUACUUGCAAUCCAGAUUGCUGUAGUUUACACUUUUCUCUGUUUCAGACCUGGUGUGCACUAUUUGUACUAAGCACGCCACAGAGUGAAUUAUCCAAAGUCCAUUGAUUUUAAUGUGUUUUGGUUUGUAAACAAAAUUACAGUAAUUUCUUGCACAUUUUGGAGAAAUAAUUGUAUAAGGAUUAAUGUAUCUGCUUCUGGAUACAGUGUGUAAAUAAAAAUUUCAUUCACAAGAA